CGGAAAAGAAAAGUCAUUACAAAGGCAUAGAAAUGAAUUACAUUUUGAUGAAAGAUUAUGAAAACUGACUUUCCUCCGUCUUUUUAGAAUAACAUGCAUUGAUGAAUCAUCACGAUAAAUAUGAAAUUUAUAAAGAAAGUAAGUAAAGUCACUUUAGAUAUCAUGUUUUAUUUACAGGCAAGAGAUGGGUGCACUGACCAUAGAAAUCAGCCGUUUAAAAGAGAAACUAGAGGAGGAGAGAAAACUCAGAUCAGUACAAGACUCAAGUCAGGUUCGGGACAGUUCUUUGUCAUUAACACUCACAGAACCAUUGUCGUCGUCAGCAGUCGUGCCGAUAGAGAAAAACAGAGCAGCUAAAAUCAUCCAGACGCACUGGCGCUCACACCGAUUACGGGAUCUAGUACUUUUACAGUCCUGUCUCAGAGGGCAUCUAAUCAGGCAGAGGCAGUUAGAUGGACAGAGUCAAGCAGACCCAAGAGCUGUCCCUGCUGCCACGAGCCAAUCAGGUAUGAACGCUCAGGCUGUACAGGAAGAGGAAGUGACUCUGCUGCAGUCUGUCUUUAGGGCUCAUCUCAAACGCACCACUCUGACUAUAGACAGGGCGUCUGCAGUGACACAGUCUGCAUCUUCCAUACAUCAGAAAAAGCCGUAUCUCUCCACUCCUCCACUGCUGCCCAGAGGCUGCUCACAGGCUGUGUUUACUAACAAAAUACAAACCUCAGCAGACCUGAUGAUCCACCAACAGCAACCAGAAAUACCAAACACCGUCGAUUCAGAUGACUCUGAUGACAUCAUUGUGUCUCCUUCAAAGCCGCUGAGAAAAAGAGACAAAUGCUGAAGUCCAUGCUAAUGGCUUGAUUCAGCUUCUUUUUUACUAUUUGGACCAGUUUUUUCUCUCUUAACUUGGAACACACACUAUUACCUGAGCAACCUAAAAAAAUGUAAUUGACUAUAUAUGGGCAAUAAUGACAAUAUACAGAGAAGAUCAUGAAUCAUGGAUGAUGGAUCAUUAUGGUUUUGUGAUUUUCACACUUUAUUAUUCUGUCAGGAUCUAAUUUUUUGACUUCUAGGAACUUCAAAUUUCAGAAGACGUGUCUUCACACUCCAAAAGUGCCUUGUGUUGAAUGCUUAUUUUUAAUAAGGAUCAGGGAUUUAAUAUUCUUCAUUUAUUUUCAUUGUAGAUCAAUAUACAUAUUGUAUAAAGUAUAUUUAAGCCAUCGUGUGCAUUUAAGGUGCACGCCUAAAUGAUACAAAAGUACUGUGAAUCUCCACAAAUGUGGGAGAUGUAUGCUGUAUAAGAAAACUUUGUUCAGAUUGGAGAAAAAAAAAGACAGUAAAUACUGUUUCACUUAAAUGUUGUCAGUGUGUUACGUUAUUAUAGUUGUAUCUGUAUAAAACCAAUAAUCGCACUGAAAAUGUGAUGCUGUUUUCCAAUUUUUUUUUUAAUGUCUUGUUAAACUGAUUUUGCUCGAAGAGCAUAUUACUUUUGUUGUGUCAUUGUUCUGGAAUUUUUGUUAAGAGUUUUCUUUAUUAAAAAC